UGGGUGCUGGAAUGUCAGGACUGCGCAGAGUUCCUUGGGUGAAUUCCACGCGGCAGUGUUGAAUCUAUACAGGCUUACUAAUUACAGAGAAGGUUUUUUGGAACUUCAGUUAUAACCAUGGGGAGAAUUUUCCUUGAUCACAUUGGUGGCACUCGUCUGUUUUCUUGUGCAAACUGUGACACGAUCCUGACCAACCGCUCAGAGCUCAUCUCCACUCGGUUUACCGGUGCCACUGGCCGAGCAUUUCUUUUUAACAAGGUAGUGAACCUGCAGUACAGUGAAGUUCAAGACCGGGUCAUGCUCACCGGCCGCCACAUGGUUCGAGACGUGAGCUGCAAAAACUGCAAUAGCAAACUGGGAUGGAUCUAUGAGUUUGCCACGGAAGACAGCCAGCGUUACAAAGAGGGCCGCGUGAUCCUGGAACGGGCUCUGGUUCGAGAGAGCGAGGGCUUUGAGGAGCAUGUACCGUCCGAUAACUCUUGAAGAAAAAACAGAGAACUGCAUCUUUUCCCAGGUCUCCUUCACUGAAACAAAAAUCUACUUACAUACACUGUCACCUUAGCAUCAGAGUCGGAUUCAUGAACUGCGGAACAAGAAGUUGUGAGAAUCUAAGAUGGAACCUUCCUUCUUUCCUUUCUUCUUUUUUUUUUUCAAGUUUUCUAUUUUCCAUCCAACAGCAGUGUGUAGAGAGAAUAUUAUGCAGAUGCCGUUAAUUUCCCCCCCGUGUUUACAUCUCGAGGCAGAAUAGUGUAUUGGCAGCUAGACGGCGGGCUAAGUAAGGAGAAAGAUCUGGGCCUUCGUGUGAAAAAGUGUGUUUUAUGUCAAUUUGGAAAGGAAAAGGUGUGAAGAGCAUGGUUUUUAAUCGUACUCGGGCUUCAUUUGAAAAUGUGUUUGAAACCCCAGUUGUCCACUUGAUUUGCUAGUCUCAGAGGCGAGGUCCGAAUUUGCGACGAGCGCUAAAGGUUCAGUGUUAGUGUGGCUUGUGCUGGCCCUUGUGCCAUAUUCUUGUGGGAGAAGAACCGCAGCACCGGAGCCCAUUCUUCUUGUCAAUCUUGACCCAAAGAUGUCACCAUUCCUAGUCACUUGUCACCGCGUACUUGGUGUUGAUUGGAAACUCUUCCUGAGGUGGGGCAGAACUGCUUGGUUGUCUUUUCCAUGUAACUUAAGCAUAGUAAUAUAAAUAAAGUAAUAGUCGGA